AGCAGCGGCCGCCGGCCAGUGGGGAGCGGGCUGAGAGGGGACGCGGCGGCGGCUGGAGGAGCGUUAGGUCAGUGUGCAAACGGGAGUGGGGCGUGCGCCGGCUACGGGAGGCCUCGGAGACCGGGGCGAGGGGCCGGGCCGAGCAGCUGUGUGCAUCCAGUCGUCUCCCGGCGCGUCUGCUCUGCGGAGGAGCUGCAGCCCUCGGAGGGAUAUUAGAAAUGGCUACUCCCCAGUCAGUUUUCGUCUUUGCAAUCUGCAUAUUAAUGAUAACGGAAUUAAUUUUGGCAUCAAAAAGUUACUAUGAUAUCUUAGGUGUGCCAAAAUCAGCAUCAGAGCGCCAAAUCAAGAAAGCGUUUCAUAAGUUGGCCAUGAAGUACCAUCCUGACAAAAAUAAGAGCCCUGAUGCUGAAGCAAAAUUCAGAGAGAUUGCAGAAGCAUAUGAAACACUCUCAGAUGCUAAUAGGCGAAAAGAGUAUGAUACACUUGGACACAGUGCUUUUACUAACGGCAAAGGACAAAGAGGUAGCGGAAGUCCUUUUGAGCAAUCAUUUAACUUCAAUUUUGAUGACUUAUUUAAAGACUUUGGGUUUUUUGGUCAAAACCAAAACACUCGGUCCAAGAAGCAUUUUGAGAAUCACUUCCAGACACGCCAGGAUGGUUCCAGUAGACAAAGACAUCAUUUCCAGGAGUUUUCUUUUGGAGGUGGACUGUUUGAUGACAUGUUUGAAGAUAUGGAGAAAAUGUUUUCUUUUAGUGGUUUUGACACAACCAAUCGGCAUACAGUACAGACUGAAAAUAGAUUCCACGGAUCUAGCAAGCACUGCAGGACUGUCACUCAACGAAGAGGAAAUAUGGUUACUACAUACACUGACUGUUCAGGACAGUAGUUCACUAUUUUUUGUUCUCACUAAACCCAACUAGUUGACUUUUCUUUAAUAUCUUUGAUGCAAAACAAUUUUCUGUGAACUAUUUUGACAAGUGCAUGAUUUCACUUGAUAUAGAUAUUAAAUGUAUUUAAAUGUUUUUUGACAAAUUCAACAACACUCAAGUAGAGAAAUAGCUAAUUAUUAAUUCUCCUGAUUAGGAAAGAUUCUUUAAAAAAAGAUACUAUAAUUCUGCCUGGUCUUUUUUCUCUACCUGCCCUUGGGCUUACUUGCGUGGCCAGUUUUAUUACCAAGAAAAGAUUGAGUUUGCCUGAUACAUAUUUAAAGGUUAAACUUUGAAACUUAUUGUAGAUUUAAAUUGUGUGAACUUGAAUGGUUUUUGCAGUGAAACCUUUGCUAAUUUAAAAUUGCAUGCUCUGCAGCAUCUCUGACUUGGGUUGCUAAAUGUACAUGAAACUGUAAUUGAGUCAUUCAGCAAAGGAUAGCAUAUCUUUUCCACUGAGAGCUUCAGAAAGGCAUAAUUUAAUAUUUACCACAGAACCAUACCUUUCUGUAGUAAAAUUGGAAUAAAGGAAAUUAUUAUAUUGCUUAUAGCCAUUUAGGCUGAAAGAAAGUUGAAAACUUUUGAAAUAUUACCAAGAGAUUGUUACAUGUUUGGUCCCUGGCUAAUGAUUUUGUAGCAUUGAAAUCAUAGCUAAUUUAUACAUCUUUUCACAUUUCUUUCUAGUUGUUGGCGCAGUAGGUCUUAUAUGAAUUUAUGUAUUUUUUGUGUGUGUGGUUCCUCUUCUUUGCACUCAUCUUUAUCUAGAGAUUGACUAAUACCUCAUUCUGUUUGUAAAAACAGCCAGUAAUUUCUGUGCAACCUUAUUAUGUGCAAUAUUUUUAAAUCCUAAGAAAUGUGUGCUUUUGUUUUCAUAUAGACUUAUUUCUUUAGUUCGGCACUUUUUGCAUUAUACUCCAUAUGAGUAUUAAUCCUAUGGAUACAUAUUAAAACUAGUAAAUGUCUCAUACAACAUUGUGUGUGAGGGAGAGAAAUACAAUAUUUACAAUAUGAUGUUCUUGGUUCUCAUUUUAUUGUUAAAAGUUUAUUCUGUAAUUCUAGAGCUAUGGAUGGUAUAUAAACAAUGGGGCUGCUUAUGCUGACCACAGACCAUAUUCCAGAAGUUACUUUUGACUAGAAAACCCUGAUAUGGCCUUGUUUGGUUGCCAUUUGGUAAUUUCUCUUACUUUUUUUUUUUUUAUGUUAGGUUAAUCACCAUACAUUACAAUUUCUCUUUCUUAUCCUCCUUC